AUGGCCGAACUCAACGAGUCCUCCCAGCUCGGAUCGCUCUCACACCAAAACAAUAACAACAGCCCUGGAACAACCCCUAAGAAAUUCCUCCGCCAGCAUCAGCCCCCUUCCCCAGGCACGAAGUCCUCGCCGUCGUUCGCCCCUACCAACAAUGACUCUGCAGACAAUGCCGAUAUCUUCACACACAUCAAAGGAGCACGGUUUCCCUCGUCGAGUCGGGCAGGCACCAUCGUCGAUCAACCGAUACAGGAGGAGGUAGAUUCGCUAGACGACCAGGAGGAGGCACCAAAUGGCGAUUCCGGUGGUGUAAUUCAUGAGGAGCAAAAUGGUACUGUCGCUGCUGUGGACCAUGCAAUGUCCGGGCGAAAGCAAUCUCUGGACUCUACGGCUGGCCCGGAGGAUACCACGAAUGACAUGUCAGCCAAGGACCGGAAGCAGUCUCUUUUCAACAAGUUACGGGCAUUCGCGGCUACACCGUCUUUUCCUUCGCAUUCGCGGUCUGCAAGUGUCGCUACUGCUCCUACAGGUGUAGGGAUCGAGAAUGGUGGCAUCAACCAUGACCUGAAUACCCCUGCAUCAGAAAGAGGGCAAUUUACCUUCCCUGAAGAAGCAUCGGACGCUGGAAGUGAAGGAGAUGCAGACGCAGAGGAAAGUGCAGGCGAACAACGGUUACGGCUACGAAGAAGGAAAAAGUCGCAGAGGCCCCGAUCAACCAAAGAACCACACGAAUCGGCCCCGAAUACCCCCAGAGCUGCCGCGACACCCGGACUGUUCUCUUUCAAUUCAUUUCAUCCUUCAGAAAUGACGAGGCCAAGUAUUUUUCCGCGAAGAGCUACAACCGACAUGUCUGCUUCAUUACGCGACCCCGUUUCGGAAGAUGAGGGUCGGAAUAGACUUAACAUGGAUUCCCAAUGGAGGAAAAGAAGCAACGCGUGGUUAUCCAGUGCCCGUGGAUUGACAUAUAGUGGACGCACAGAUACGCAAAACACGAAUAACACAAAUGCAACUUCCAACACCGACGAGAGACGGCCUAUGAACCUUCGAAGGUUGACUGCUUUCGGCACUCCGACCGGAGAGCAGGAGGGCAUCCGAGAAGCCUGGAGACGACACAAGGCCGAAAGAGGAUCUAGUCUCAGUGCACAGAAAUGGCGCCAAAUCAAGGCUGGGUUGAAAAUGAUUGGACAACGGCGCAAAGCAGACAAUACGAUAGACCAUGCCAAGUCUGCAGAGCUACUGGCAGAGUUGACCUCCGGUAUCCCUGCUGCGUUGAUACUUGCCAGCAUGUUCCAACGCGACGAGCACGGAAGUAAACGUAUUCCCAUUCUGCUUGAGCAGCUCAAGGUGCAAAUCACGGAUAGCCGAUUUGACUCGCAUUCUGGCGAUCGUCAUCUCGUCUUUCGUAUUGAGUUGGAAUAUGGAAGCGGAAUGACCCGCAUGAAAUGGAUCAUUCACCGCACAUUGAGAGACUUUGCCAAUCUUCAUCUGAAAUACAAGUUGCAAAUUGGAACUCAAAAGUAUAUCCAGUUGAAAAGUCAAGACAGUGCGCAUAUGCUUCCUCGUUUCCCCAGAAGUGCCUUUCCCUAUCUACGUGGUGUUCGGGGCCUUGAUAGCGAACGAGAAGAAGAGGAAGAAGACGGCGGUGGUUACGAAACUGGAGCAGAAGCAACCAGUGGCAAUGAGGCUCGUCGCAAGAUGAAGAAACGACGCUCGUCUUUUGCGAUAAAUCGUCGUCGUUCUAGUACUGGCGUCACGUUGGAGAACGACGCUACUGCUGGAGAAGGUGCUGCGGUGGCGACAGGCGAGAGGAGGUCCUACUCUGAACGGCAGCGAAAGAAACUGGAAAACUAUUUGCAAAAAAUGAUACGGUUCUUGAUCUUCCGACCUGAUAGCAACCGGCUUUGCAAGUUUCUUGAAUUAUCCGCACUGGGAGUUCGUUUAGCUGCAGAAGGCAGUUAUCACGGAAAAGAAGGCUUCUUGGUUAUACAAUCAGCCAAAGGUCUUGACUUCCGAAAGGCCCUGAGACCAGCCUUACUCAAGCAGAGACACUCGCCGAAGUGGUUCCUUGUUCGUCACAGCUAUAUCGUCUGUGUUGAUUCACCGGAAGAGAUGAACAUAUACGAUGUGUUUCUCGUGGACCCCUUCUUUAAACUCCAAUCGCAAAAAGUCAGGCUCAGGGAUCAAAAAGCAAAGGACAUUGCGCGUCAUGCCAAGGACUCAGCAGCUCACCCUCAACACCACACACUGAGAAUGGAGAACUCAGAGCGAAAGCUUCGCUUGCUUGCACGUAACGAAAGACAAUUACACCAGUUUGAAGAUUCUAUCCGAUUCAUGGUUGAGAACACUCCAUGGGCUAAACCGAAUCGGUUCGAUAGCUUUGCUCCGGUACGAAAGGGCUGUUUUGCGCAAUGGCUAGUGGAUGGUCGCGAUCACAUGUGGCUUGUAUCCCGUGCCAUCAAUCAAGCCAAGGAUGUUAUCUAUAUUCACGACUGGUGGCUAAGUCCGGAGUUGUAUCUGCGCCGCCCAGCUGCUAUCAGUCAAAAAUGGAGACUUGACCGACUUUUGCAAAGAAAAGCCCAAGAAGGCGUAAAGGUGUUCGUCAUAAUGUAUCGAAAUAUCAACUCUGCUAUUCCUAUCGACUCGGAAUAUACAAAGUUCUCCUUGCUUGAUCUUCAUCCCAAUAUUUUUGUGCAGAGAUCGCCGAACCAAUUCCGACAGAACACUUUCUUCUGGGCUCACCACGAAAAAUUGUGCAUUGUUGACCAUACGCUUGCAUUUGUCGGAGGAAUUGAUCUUUGCUUUGGAAGAUGGGACACCCCGCAGCAUUUGCUGGUAGAUGAUAAACCCACUGGGUUUGAGUCGUCUGACGGGCCAAAGGAUACUGACAGCUGUCAGUUAUGGCCAGGAAAGGAUUACUCUAAUCCUCGUGUCCAGGAUUUCUAUGACUUGGAUAAGCCUUACGAGGAGAUGUACGACCGUAACAUCGUACCGAGAAUGCCGUGGCAUGACAUUUCGAUGCAUGUCGUCGGCCAGCCUGCCCGAGAUCUUACCAGACACUUUGUCCAGAGAUGGAAUUACAUUCUGCGCCAGCGCAAGCCUACCAGACCUACACCGUUCUUGCUGCCUCCGCCAGACUUUAAUCCUGCUGAUCUCGAGGCUUUAGGUCUUGAUGGCACCUGUGAGGUGCAGAUCCUGCGUUCAGCAGGUAAUUGGUCUCUUGGAACCCCAGAUGUGACGGAACACAGUAUCAUGAAUGCCUACGUCAAGUUGAUUGAACAAUCCGAGCAUUUUGUGUACAUUGAAAACCAGUUCUUCAUCAGUACAUGUGAGAUUGAUGGCACUAAGAUUGAGAAUUUGAUUGGAGAUGCCUUGGUUGAAAGAAUCAUCCGAGCAGCUCGUAAUGGAGACAACUGGCGUGCUGUCAUUAUAAUUCCUCUGAUACCCGGAUUCCAGAAUACGGUCGACUCUGAAGGUGGCACUAGCGUUCGUUUGAUCAUGCAGUGUCAAUACCGCAGUAUAUGUCGAGGUGAGACCUCCAUUUUUGGUCGUCUACGUGCCGAGGGUAUUGAGCCUGAGGACUAUAUACAGUUCUUCAGCCUGCGAACCUGGGGCAAGAUUGGACCAAACAAGCAAUUGGUCACUGAGCAACUAUACAUUCACGCGAAAUGUAUGGUGGUAGAUGAUCGGGCAGCUAUCAUUGGAUCUGCUAACAUUAAUGAGCGUUCCAUGCUUGGUUCGCGCGAUUCCGAGUGUGCAGCCCUUGUGAGGGAUACCGAUAUGAUCUGGUCAACAAUGGAUAGCAAACCUUACUUAGUUGGUAGAUUUCCGCAUACCCUGCGAAUGCGGCUUAUGAGGGAGCACAUGGGUAUUGACGUCGACGAGAUUCUUGAUCAUGAUCUCUCAAUGGAGGCGGCAGGACGCCCAAGACGGGACAGUGAAAUUGAUGCCGCGUCUCUAGAUAGCCAGGCUAACGGAGUGGGCCAAAACGGAGAGCGUGACAAGCAAGACGAGCGUGAAAUGAUUGAGCGUCGCCAUCGGAUUCAAGAUGAGUUCCUCACUCGGUCCGAGGACAUGCAUAGUUUCAAUCAUGAUGUGGAUUGGGAACAAGGCAACAAUCCAAACUUGAAGUCCAGCAGGAAACUUACGGCUGAUCCGCGGGUUACGGAAAAUGCCGAGCAUCGAAAUGAGGUUGCUGGACACGGCGCAGACCGCAUGAAGAUUGGCCUUGAAGCAGGUGUUGGAUUCGGCCGUGAUUCUGCUAUAUUGCAGGACAGUACUGAAGUCCUGGUCAAUGACAGUGUGACUGAAGGAAAAGGGACCUUGAGCAGCCCGAGAAAGACGCAAAAAACUGCUGAACAGGAGCGAAUCCGAAAAGACAGUGCUAAAGAAGCAGUAUUGCCUCCUACUCCUGGACAAAUCGAGCCGGCUUUGGAUCUUCCAGAGACUCCAUAUUCGCGACUUCAACCACUACCACAAACCAACGAUGCCGAUAUUGGAGGUCCGAUGCUACCACCCAAGGAGUCUACAAGUGGUCAUCCGCUGGCUGCUACCAUCCGACAGCCAUUUAUCGAUGAAAAUUGCAUGCAAGAUCCUGUGAACGAGACGUUCUACUUUGACACAUGGCAGAAGAUUGCGGACAAUAAUACCAAGAUUUACAGGACUGUGUUCAGAUGUAUGCCGGAUAGCGAGGUCAAGUCAUGGAAGGAAUAUAAGGAAUACACGGCAUACGGUGAGAAGUUUGUGGAGGCUCAAAACCAGCAGACAGAUGUAUGGAAGUCGCAGAACACGGGCACCGCCAACAAUCAGUCUACAGUGAGCAUGGACACGACUGCUCGACCUGAGUCGGAGAAGAUGGACAAGGGGCCCGAGGCUGUGAAAAACAUUGAUUCGCCCUACCAACAAACAUCGGUCGAAGAUGAGAAAGCUGCUUUGAAAGAGGCAGAUGACGCCACUACACAACCGUACCAGUCCACAAACCCAUCAACAGAAGUUCCCGAAACCGAGGUACCAGCGACCGCAAGCGAGAACAGGAACAGAACUGGCUCAGGCUCAGUUCAGCCACCGUCAUCAGUCGGAUACUCGGGCGCCUUGAACAUGAACGUGACUGGAUCGACGUCCAGACGUCGACGAACAGUGACUCGGGGCUCAAGAAGAGAGUUCCAUGCUUCCGAUGGAGUGAUUGAUUUGCGUCAUGCGGAUGAACUGUUGCAUUUGACGCAGGGCCACUUGAUUGCUUGGCCUUAUGAUUGGCUCGAGAAAGAAGAACAAGGCGGCAAUUGGCUGUACACUCUUGACCAGAUCUCUCCUAUCGAAAUCUACAAUUAA